CGUGAUCAAAAUACAGCUGACAGCUCUACGCCCAUAGGUAGACGUGGGCCUCGUACCAGCGUGAAACGCCGACACUACAGCAUAAUGGUCACGAAUACUGCUUUUUAGGUUGAAUGCGACGAAUUAAAAUUCAACACUAAGCCUGGCAUGUCAUACAACAGACGGCUGGUUUUUUGGCGAGGGAAAGAUGGAGGAGGAUUUCUACAAGACAAUUGGUCUGAGUGGUCCACCCAUUUUACCGGAAUUACCAUUCAUUGAACCGGAAAUCGAUAACGUCACAUCGCCUUCAAGCUGUACGUCCACUACAGCCACGGAACUUACAAUGACUCCGUCUCCAGACACAGAUUUGGACUAUAUCCCCGUGCCUCAUCCAUCAGUGCUGGCAGGCGAAGACUUCACCUGUGUGGAAAGCUUCACAACAGUUUCAAUGGAAAAUGAACAUUCCAAAGACGAGGAGUCGUCGGAUGACGAUCACAAAAAUGGUCCUCGUCGUAAAAAGGACAAAAAACAAGACAAAAAGGAGAAAAACAGAGUGGCCGCCGCCAAAAGUCGAAAACGUAAACGGGACAAAAUAGAGUCUCUUUCAGUGCGAGUACAGACGCUAGAAGAAGAGAAUUUCAAACUCAAAGAAAACAUGCGGAAGAUUGAGAGAGAGAAAAACCAGCUCUCACUGCAGUUAAAAGUACAUGAACUAAAAUGUCCGUUAAAAAUGGGCAUAUGUCAAGAGAACGGUGAAGGCGUUUGA